ACUUCAAUUUGAGUCAAGUAUAACCCGAAUUGGAGAAGUAAUAUAGGCAUUACCCUUGAGGUCGUAUUCCCACAUGCACCUUAGGUUUACUACUACUUUGCUCUAAACUAUUAUCUAAUCGAUCGAUAAUGGUUGAUUUGAAAUUAACUAACUAGGAAGAACAACAAUUAACUAGUUAGGAGGUCGCUAGAGAUGUAGUUACUUAGGAUUUAAUCCUUCUAAUAGUAGGAAGGGUAUGUGAUUGAUGCUAGCCUUAACACGACUUCCCUAUCUUCUAAGUUGCAAGAAAUGACUUAGUAUAGUGGUUGGUGCAAGGAUUAUAUCUCUCAACUACAAUUCUAAGCCUCUAAACUAGCUCAAUGAUCAUUUAAUUAGCUAGGAACUUCAGCUCAAUGAUAAUGUAAUAUCGUGCAAUACUUUAUCUAUAUUAUAAUCUUAACAUAAGAGGGUGGUCACCUCAACUUAGGUCAAGAAUAAAUCAAUAACCACUUUCCGAAGCAAGAGAUUGACAAGAUUAAAUAUCAAAUAAACAUAGGUAGAUAUGAAUCAUGAUAGGUUCACAUUCAGACAACAAAACCUAGCUACUUACUGGAAUUCAUCAUUCCUAAGCAACUAUAGGAGUUUCAGUCAUAGAGAGAAAGAGGAAAAUACAAACUAGAAAGAGAAGACAAGGUUGAAACCAUCUUCUUCUCCUAUGAUUAACCUCUUCUCCUUGACUCUUGGAUGACUUCUUUCUUCCUUAGCUCUUUCGAGGUAUUUUAUUUCAUUAAAACUACUUAAAAUCCUAAUUUCUCACUCUAGGUUGGCUCUUCUUCAUCAAGUGACUCGCUCGAAAUACAACUUGAUGCCCAAGUGCAACCAAUGACAGGAAUGCGUGAAAGUGGAAGUGUGUUUAAUAAUUAACCCAGAGUCUCUACAUGUAUUACUACUCUGUAUUAAUAUAUUAUCCAACAAUCAAGUUCGAGUGGUACCAGUUAAAAACUAAGAACACAAUAAGAAAUUGGUUUGGGUUUCAAAUAUCAAAGAGGUCAAUCAAGUAUUGAUUCCCCUAGUCUCUAGCCAGAUUAAAGAUCGUUGAUUCUCUAAAUAGUUUCAUUCAAUAUUUAUACCGUGGAGAAUCAUUGAUUAGUCUUGAAUAUCGAUUAAAGCAGACAAGGGACUCUUGAAAUAGACUAUUCAAAGGGACACCAUCCUCUACCGAAACAGAAUACCAAGGCAAUAAAAAACUAUAUUCCUUAUAUUGGGUAAGGCUCUCAUCCAAUACCAAGUAGUGAAUCGAUUGACUCUCAUGUAAUUGAUUCCCUACUUGUAAUUGACGAUGGUCUAUUAGUCUAAUAAGGUAUUUUCUCUCCUAGGUUAAAGCAGAAAUCACAAGAUUAUGAUCAUGAUUCAAACCAACUCAUGAAAAUGCAUUAACUAGAUAUGAACUUUGGACUAAAAAAUCUAGGUUGUCAAACAAUAAUACAAAUCCAUACAAUAUUAGGGCUCGUCAAAAUCCAAGUGAAAGAGGGAUUAUUUCAUGAAGGACAAGAGAACAAUGAUAACGUCGUAUUUGCACAUGUUUGCACCCUCGUUUCUUGAUCAUUUUGGCUUGAGUUUUUGCUUUCUUGGACUAUUUUACGCUAGGUUGUGUUCCUUUGUCACAUUUCAGGUCCUAGCAUGUAAAUUGAAUCAAAGGCGCAAGUUUCAAGUCAAUCGUAAUUCAUUUGGCAAUUCGGGAGAAGAAACACGAGCAUGACCUGAGGAAUAAUGGACUUCUACCUCAUAUUAUGGACAAAUAAUCAUGGAAGUUUGUCAUGAAAAGAAAGAGGAAGAGACUACGAGCGUUUGGGAUCAAACGGUGAUGGAUUCGGAGUCCGGACGAGGGAGAAACGAAGCAUUAAACAGGAGCGGAGGAAGAAAUACGGGCAUCCCCUGCCCAAUUAUGGGCGUAAUUGCCUCUGCCCUGCCCGUAAAUGCGAAGAACAAACCCUAGGAGCUAUUUGGAGUGGAUUUCUCACCAUUGAAGCCUAGAUUGCAUCCCCAGGAGUGAAGAUCAUCAUCCCAGAGCAGAUUUUCCUCAUCUUUAUGAGUAUGACUACUCUGAUUUAUGUUGUCCUCUCUCUCUCUAUGGAGUAGAACUUUCUCUCACUUGGGUAUGAAGAACCCUAGUUCCAUGUGUUAGGGAUCUUGAUUGUAAUGACUUGGGAUUGUUAUACUGUUUGAUCUUAAUUGAUUGAUGCAUGAUUUAUUGAGUCAAUUGAAGUCUAAUCAUCUUUUCUUGAUUUCUGCUGCAACUUGAGAUAGAUAGAAUCUUAUUAGGUUGCUAGAGCUUCAUCAAUUGGUAGUGGUAGAUUGAUUAUACGAGAGUUAAUUGAUUUGCUACUUUGUACUGGAACCUGAUUCCAGUAGUGGAGUUCUGCGUUCAUAGCCUCAGCUUUCUAUCCCGGUGAAGACUAGACGUCUACCGGGUAGUUGGACUGAGAGGGCUUGGUCAGCUUAAGAGAUUCCAAGCUACUGUCGGAUCUUUCCGCAGUUUAAUCAACAGUUAAUCAACCCAUGGUAAUUACAACUGUGACCUAACUAAGGAGCUAGGGGGACUCAUUCCCGAGUGACUCUUCCCUUGCUUUAGAAAACCGAACCAUUUCCUGCUUUCUUACUGCUUUUAGUUAAAAUCACAAUCCCUCGACUUAGUUUGCUAGAUAAUAGAUAUUCACGGAGUAGGCAGUAGAUCUAGACCCCGGGUUGACAAUUAGAGCUUGCAUGUUACUGCAUUCCCGGACUACGAUUACACUUGGUCGCAGUUUGGUGUUGUGUUUUAGCGUGUCAAGUUUUUGGCGUCGUUGCCGGGGAACUCUAGGUUAUUGUAGAAACGUGAAAGUCUGUUACUUUAGCAUUUACUUUUAUGCAUCUCUCUUUUCCACCCUUGAUUUUCACUUGGGUAUUUUGUUUUUGUUGGUGCAGAUCUGAUACUCCUCAUGGCUUCUCCAAUCAUUGGGGGUAUCCACCACCACCGGAGUGGUAUUACCCGAGACUUCCUGGAGCAACCAAGGAGGAGAAGACUAUGGACUCGGGUUUCAGUACUAACCCCCUACUACGAAGAACAAUCUCCUUAUCAAGAAGAAUUCCUCCCACAACCAGAAGGGCCAUCAGAUCUUGAUUUAGCCACAGCCUUCACGGGCCAUCCGGCAGAGCCAUGCUACACUCCACAGCCGAAUCCAAACUAUCACUUGAGGCUUCUCGUGGAGCAGAUUGCUCGAGUACCUGAUAGAUCCUUUCCCGAGAUGGAUCCUCAUAUCCAGACCAUGGCCCAAACUGACUUCUCCUUUCCCUGUGAAACAGAGGAUACCCUUCGGAGCAUAAAGAAGCUCAUAGAGGUCAUUGAGAAAGCUUGUGCACAGUUUUCUCAAGACAACCUUUAUGUUGCCAUACAAGUAGAGGAGGAGGAAGAAGAAGGCAAUCAUGAGGAUGUUGAGGAGCAUACAGAAGUUGUCACGGAAAGCUCCCAUGAUAAUCAUGAUCAAGUGUAUCCUCUGGUGGUAGAUCACAACUGUCCCCAUUUCCGCUCUGAUAUGCUGGGCCUGAGCGAGGAGAUGCAAGAUGAUCUCAUUGAAGAAAUUACAUGGCGACUUGCUCUCCAAUCUGUGCUAGAAGAAGAAGAGCGAGAAAGGGUGAGGGAAGAAGUUGUGGAGGAUGAGGAAGAAAGAAAAGAAGAGGAAGUUCUUGAUCUUUACCUAGGGGAGAGACCACAUUUUGAAGAAGGAAGGGGGGUUGAAGCAAAUGGCAUCCAGGCUGAGGAUGAAGUUGAGGUGGAAGAGGCUUGCACCAGCCCUAUGUUACAUGUGAUAUCUCCACCAAACUUCGAGGAGCUUCUUGGCAAGGACCCAUUUGCAAUGUCUCUUUGCCAGACCAAGACCACAUCAACAUCAAUCCCUCUUGGUGGAUGCGAUACUGAUCAAUCGAUGAUAUCUUAUCUGGUUUGGGGAAAUGAGACAAGAGAAAACGCGAAGGAGAGGUCUCGAGAGUGGAGACUUCAUCUUCCUCAAGGCCACGAGCCAUCUUCAUCACCUAUCACAUCACCUGCUUGUGACUUGAGACUCCACAUCAUCGACGAGAACCUCAACUUCAAGGAGGUUCUGGGGUGGACCGAAACUUAGGAGCCACCGUCCAGCUAAAGAUGUAAAAGAAGCGCUUGUGGGGGAGGCAACCCCACCAAGGUUUUUUUUUCCUUUUGUUUGUUUUCGGUUUGUCCACUUGGAACUAUGGUUUCUAUCACCCAAUGUGUUUUGAUGACUCUAGUCCUGCUGACUGGUCCAAUUUCCAGUCCCCCGACAGUCCAUAUUUCCGGUAACGUCGUUUCCCCUUAUCUUUCCCUCUGCUCCAUUGAGGGCAAUGUCGUGCUUAAGUGUGGGGGGUAAUCUAUUGUUGACUGCUAGAUGAGUUUGUGUGCCUGGAGCCUAGUCUGCUGUCCAAAUCUUGAGAUUGAGGGCUCCAAGUACUGUUGUUUGCUUAAUCGUAUUGGCACUGUGGGUUUAAUUGGUGAAUUGAAUGGCUUUUGAAUUAAUGCAUGAAAACUGGAGUGUGACUAGGACAACCUAUAAUGAUGAUUGAGACGUGCAGUAGAGUUGUGUAGGGGUUCAGUUUUUCAACUAUUUGCUUACCAACUAUGACUUGGAUUGAUCACUAGCUCUUGACAUUCGUUUAUGCAUCUAUUUCAAGGAAUCAGAAUGAGAGAGAGCAUAUAGGUAGCUAUGUGAGAUUUGAGCCUACUCGUUUCUUUCUUGUGCGAUAGAUCCCUCUUCCAUGAUGUGUAGCACUCACGUUGUCACUAGCUAAGAUGAUGGAGGCAUAGGAAUAGGCCACGACCAAAUUGACUGUCCUGGUGUGUCAUACCCCCCUAGUCAGCCCCUUUGAGCCGUGUACUUUCCUUUCUUUCGGUCUACACUGGAAAAUCACCCUUUUGCAUCUCUUAGAAGGUUCCACAGAGUGGUCUUUGCAUGUUUUCUGCUGUUUCUGUUAAAUAUAAUGUGAGGGUUGGAGGUAAUGCUUAAAAAUUGGACAUGUGUUUGAAAAAUGUGCAGAGGUGGUGGUUCUCUCAAGAAAUGAAAAAAAUGAAAAAAAGAGGGGAAAAAAUGAAUGAAAGCAAAAGAGAGCCACUAUCCAAAAAUCUUAAUCAUGCUCAUUAAGUAGUGUUUCUUAGCAGUCUGGCUUGGAAAUACCAACAUUAUUGUGACCUCCUUCGCUCUUGUGCUCUAAGUAAUUUGAGUAAUGCAGAAUAGCAUAAAGAAAGUUACUGGUUUGAUUGGCUGUGAUUGUGUUGGGUUUGGAACUGUGGAACGUUGUGCUAUGAAUACUUCCACCACCUAAAAGGCAUUUUCCCCAUGUCCAAGACCCUAGCCAGUCAUCUGAACCUGUGUCUAAGACCUCCAGAUUAGUUAGUGGUGACACCCAAUAUGUGAACUCUAACAUUAAGAGGCUACAUUCAUGGCGAAGAGACGUUAGGGAUUGAGAGAAUAAGCAUGCGCAUUUUUUGCAUCAAAUUGUCCUGAUCCCACUAGUCGAGAGUGAGCGAUUCAUUUUCUCAUAUUCUCUAUGCUCUUUACCCCGGUGAGGACCUAGAUGGCUCGGACUUGAUUAUGACGUCUUGAAUUUGAUGCAAGCGAUGACUUUCUUGGUUAAGUGGUUGAGUCGAGUCUAUGUUGGUUGGUGAACAGAAAAUAUUCCUCUUCCUUUACCCGCUUUUGCUGCACUCGAAUGUCCUUUGUGGUGGUUGUCCAAGUUGCUAUUGAAGUUGUCCAUGUGUUAAUGAUCAAAAGCCAGUAUUAUUCUCAUGUUUCGUGCCUAUAUGAUAUACCCCCAAGGGUUUCAUGGUUAAAAUGUUUUGAGCUUACCUUGUAUCUGACUUGAUUUGCUUGGGGACAAGCAAACGGUUAAGUGUGGGGAAAUUUCAUAACGUAGUAUUUGCACAUGUUUGCACCCUCGUUUCUUGAUCAUUUUGGCUUUAGUUUUUUAUUUCUUGGACUAUUUUACUCUAGGUUGUGUUCCUUUGUCACAUUUCAGGUCCUAGCAUGUAAAUUGAAGCAAAGGCGCAAGUUUCAAGUCAAUCGGAAUUCAUUUGGCAAUUCAGGAGAAGAAACAUGAGCAUGACCU